AAAUAUAGGGCGCACUUAAAUCCAAAAUGUACCUACAGAGUCAUAGAAAUAUUGUGAUGAAUUAAAAAGUGCUGUAACGAUCCCAACUAUGAUGUUUAUUUUAUCUUAACCUCCAUCCUUAGAUUUUGGUCAUGGAAUUAGCGUCCUUGCUGCGGAAUUGCGUCGUUUCGAAAAAGCUUGCUGAUGAGACAAUUCGAAACACGGAGGAAGAUAAUGAAAAAAUUGAAGAUGAAUACUUUCAAAAAUUUUACAAAGAUUGGAAAGGUGCUGAUCCAAAAGAGGAGAAUGAAACAUACAAAGUGAUACCUAAAUUUUAUUUCAAGAUUCCGAAUGCAGAUGAGAAGCUGCAACAGAAACUCAGAGAAGAAUCGCGAGCUCUGUUUUUGCAAAGGCGUUCCAAACAAGUUGUUGAUAACAUCGACUUGAAAUCCUUGUGGAUGAUACUGGGUCAACAUCACAGUACAAAUGGUACAUUGGGUGAGGACAAGCUGAUCAAUUAUGAAGAUUUUAAAAAGGUUAGCAAACUUGUGGGGCCAAAAUGCGCAAGAUACUUCACAGCUACAAUAUAUGCAAAACUACAACAAGGGGAUCCACACGGGAGAAUCAGUAUCACAUCGUUUUUCAAUUACGUUAUGAGAAAAGUUUGGCUACAUCAGACAAGAAUUGGUCUUUCACUGUACGAUUUCACAGGGCAAGGAUAUCUAAGAGAAACAGACUUGGAAAGUUAUAUACUGGAAUUAAUUCCAACACUGUCUCAACUUGAGGGACUGGAAAAAUCAUUUCACUCGUUCUACAUUUGUACAGCAGUCAGAAAAUUUCUUUUCUUUCUCGAUCCACUAAGAACAGGGAGAGUAAGGAUACAAGAUAUAUUGGCAUGUAGCUUUCUUGAUGAUCUUUUAGAAUUGCGAGAUGAAGAUUUGCCAAAAGAUCUUCAAGAAGCAAACUGGUUUUCAGCACCUUCUGCGCUAAAAGUUUACGGACAGUAUUUGAAUCUUGAUAAAGAUCAUAAUGGUAUGCUCAAUAAAGAAGAGUUAUCUGGGUAUGGAACUGGCACUUUGACCGGGGUUUUUCUCGAAAGAGUAUUUCAAGAGUGUCUGACCUAUGAAGGAGAAAUGGAUUACAAAACGUACCUCGACUUUGUGCUUGCACUGGAAAAUCGUCAAGAACCACAAAGCUUGCACUAUCUAUUUAGAGUUUUGGAUAUUAAAAACCAAGGUUAUUUGGAUACAUUUACGCUAAAUUAUUUUUUCAGGGCUAUUCAAGAGCAGAUGACAGUACACGGCCAAGAGCCCAUUUGCUUCGAAGAUGUUAAAGAUGAAAUUUUUGACAUGGUAAAGCCUGCCGAUCCUUUUAAAAUAACGUUACAGGAUCUUCUAGCUUGUGGUCAGGGUGAUACCAUGAUCAGUAUUUUAAUCGAAUUCCAUGGAUUCUGGGCAUACGAGAAUCGAGAAGCCAUGGCAGCGGAUAACAACGACGAAUCGUCUCACGUUUGACGACUGUGAUUUUAUUCGAUGUAUAUUUUCUGGUAUACAUAUUUAUAUACACAAAUUACCCCCAAAUGGAGAUUUACCGUAACAUAUUAUUACGUGUUUUAUUUAUUAUCAAUACUUUUGUAGUUACGUCUACAAAGUGCCUUGAA